CGCCCGGAGUGCCCCUCUUGGCUGGAGGAGAAUGCGACCUGCGCAGCAUGAAGUCGUGGGGACCGUCGUGAAAACGACCAGGGGGGCACCAGGAAGGAAAAGGGUGGGAGAUCACGGAGUCGCAGGCAUCAGACUGCCCUCACUGGGAGAUCUCACUGAGUCUUGAGUCUUGAGAUCAAUCAUCAUAAAUCCUAUUCACAUAUGGAGAGGUGUUGUAUGUUUAUACACUUUCGCGGUAUGAUUCAUAAACCUACAAUCCCUAGAAGGUCAGAAGGUCUGGGACCCGACAUAUACUUAAGGUGCAGAAAGGCUUACUAUGUUGGGGGUCCCUCAUGAGGAGAGAUCUCCAAAACUAAAUCUCUUGAUGAGGGGAGUGGCCAAAGAAUAAAUCUAUUCAUGAAGGGAGAUCACAAAGACCCAAAAGCUAAAUUCCGUUGGGUCUUGAAAAGAAGCUAUGAGUCCUGGUGGGAAUGGAAGCUAUGAGCCAUGCGUGGUACCACAUAAUGGCAUCUUUGAUUAAGAAGACCCGGAAGGAUUUGCAUGAGCACGAGGAGCAAAGGAGGAAGCAAAUGGCGCAUGAUUAGCCAAAUGUGUCAAUUUCGGAUGAGAAUUCGAAGGAAGCAUAAAGACAUGAGGUUGAAGGAAGGCGGAAGCCUGGAAAGAGAAUGGGUUGAUGAGGAGGCUGGAGAUAUGGAAGAAGAUGAUCUGGUUGAGAAGCAGGCUGCCCGCAUGGACAUGUUCAGAUUCAUGGCAGUUGCUGCCAAUGAGGAGUUCAGAUUCAUUGCAUUUGCUGCACCUAUCCACCUAUUUCGCCAAUGUCCUGUCCAAUGAGUCUCACUGUGUUGGCAAACUACCAAAGGCAAGAGGGGCGAUUUGUCUUGCAUAAUCUCGCAUGUAUUUUUGCACGAAGAACAUGGACAUCACUAGUUGGGGUGGUUUGGGGGUACCACUUUUGGAAAGUGGGCCAGAAAUACUAACAGGCCAAUCAAUUCUUUACAUUCAUGUUAUUAGUUUAAUGUGUGUAUAUUAUAUAUGCACGUGUACGCCUUUUUUGGUGAUGGGAUGGUGGCAGGCUUUGUGUCACGACUGUCAAUGGGGACACAUGCUGUCACAGCCAAAGCUGUCGAGCACGCAGUUGGGGAAGAGGGUUCCACCUGUGGAGCAAGGCCGUCGGUGCACCGCUCAGUUGCUCAGUCAACAGGGUGCCUCACCGGCGUGACGCGAGGUCGAAGCUCAUGCAUUGAAUUGGUAUGUGGCCAUGCUGGGGAGCACACUCUCAGUGCAAGUUCCGCACCUACCCGUCUUCUGGGACCGCUUCGCACCACCGGUGGUGGACUUUUGGGAAGGCCUCGCAGAGGAGGCCUGGCAGAUUUUUAGCAAUCCUGCGAACUUCGGCCACAAAUGGCAAAACAUCCGAUGCAUGCGAGAGGAGCCUGCCAGACUUGUGUCCAACGGGAAGCUGUUGGGUGGACACUUCCCCUGCCAGACUUCCAGAGGCCCUAAACUUUACGAGUUGGGCGGAGCCAUGGAUGCGGAGCUGGCACACGGGGCUGCUCACUUUGCAAAUGAGGCGGUGAAUCCCAAGGCUCCCGUGCUCAAGCGCCAGUUGCUCAGCAGGUACCUUGAGCGCUUCGCCUUCUUCUUCCAGGCUGAGCUUUUUGUGCGCCGUUGCUUCGAAGCCUUGCUGGCCGAACAGCGGCCGGAGCUCGUUGGGGCAGCAGAGGCCAUGAAGGAGCUUUUCGAAGAGUACCGCUCCGUGAAGCAUUUGCCUGAAGAAUCCUUGGUGGAGCAUUGCUACAAGGACGACAUGUACCUGGAGUUGGACUUGUCGGCGACGUCGUGUUUCAUGUACUGGUUGGGAGUGAUAGUGAGUCCUGGUGAGGAAGAGGCUUGACCUGUGCAUGUGCUGAUCAACCCAGCUCAAUUGGAGGGCGUCGUUGUUUUUCCUUGCUUAUUGUGC